AAAGAGCAGCCCGGGCAACGGUUCACAAAACGUUAUGCUCGGCUCAGGGAGGGGCCGCCCUGCUGCGCUCGCCUCUGUCGCGACCACCUCGCUCUCACCGUAGGACAAAAAAAAAAAAAAAAAAGAAAAAAAAAAAACAUCCAAGCGACUUCUCUGCUGUCUGCUGGAACUCCAACACCUCCAGAAAGCCAGCUCCGGACUCCCCUCCCCCAUUCCCACAAACUUUCAUGCUCUGAGAUAAGGACUGUUCGGAAUUGCAAAAUGACCUCACCAAUCUUUCGGCAAAUGUGAGUGCAGCAGGACCCACCUCAGUCGUCUCCAGAAUUACCAAACAGUCCACUGACUGCUCUAAGACAGACAAAAUGAAUCUGGGCACAUUUCACUAAGCAACCCAUGCCCCCUGCCUCCUACGGGAUCGAUAAAAUGGAACUCAGAUCAGCGUGCCAUUUGAAUAAUUCCAAGUACAACACAGGUGCCCCGUCAAGCACUUCCAAUUGGACCUGACAGCGAAGGUUGGAAGACUGCAGGAUGUUUAUAAAUUUCAGAAGGAUCAGAAAGUGUCAAUGCGUACAGCUAGCGAUGACCAUCUUCAUCCUGUCUGUGGUGAUGGUGUGCUGGGAACAGCUGGACAAACACGUUGUGAGCCACGCAAAGUCCUAUUCGUACCGCUAUAUGGUCAACAGCUAUGACUUCCUCAACAAGAGCUUCACCAUCAGCCGACAGGAUGCCGACAGCCUCAGCAGCUACGACUACUUGAUCAACCACAAGCACAAGUGCACCGGGAGGGACGUGCUCCUGCUGCUGUUCGUGAAGACAUCGCCCGAGAAUGUGGAGAGGCGGCGGUCCAUCCGCUCCACCUGGGGGAAUGAGACUUACAUCCGGCAGGAGCUCGGUGCCAACGUGAGGGUGGUGUUUGCCCUGGGCAUUCACCAGGACCCCCAGCAGAGGGAGAGCACCCAGCAGGCCCUCCUCGAAGAGGACCGUAGGUACCAAGACCUGGUCCAGCAGGACUUUGCCGACACGUUCCACAACCUGACCGUCAAGCUGCUCCUGCAGUUCCGCUGGGCCCACGCCUACUGUGGCCACGCCCGCUUCUUCAUGUCGGCCGACGACGACGUCUUCGUCCACAUGCCCAACCUGGUCAGGUACCUCAGGGAGAUGGACCGGAGGGGCGUGCGGGACUUCUGGGUCGGCCGCGUGCACAGAGGCGCCCCUCCCAUCCGUCACAAAGCCAGCAAGUAUUACGUCCCCUACGAUAUGUACCGGUGGUCCUCUUACCCGGACUACACGGCUGGGGCUGGGUACGUGAUCUCGGGGGACGUGGCCUCCAAAAUCUACCAGGUCUCUCUGACGUUCAACUCCACGUUCUACAUCGACGACGUCUUCAUGGGCAUCUGUGCCAGCGCGAUGGGGGUGUCCCCUCAAGAACACGUUUUCUUCUCGGGAGAGGGAAAAGCCCCGUAUCACCCAUGCAUCUACGGCAAGAUGAUAACCUCCCACGGACACGUGAACGACAUACACGACCUCUGGAAGGUGGCCACCAGCCUCGAAGUACAAAAGAUUUCUGGCGGACUCCUCGGAAGGCUUUAUUGCACAGCGGUCAGAGUGGCACUCCUCUGCAAACCCUCCUAUGUUGACACUUACCCAUGCAAGUCUGCAUUUUUAUAGCAAGCUGUGUGACUUCAGCACAUACCAAGUUCUUGGGGUGCCCCCACCAACAUAUAUGCAACAUAUGUUUACCUCCUGAUGAUCUCUAUCUCAAGCAGGGAAAGUUACUCAAGUACUGUCUGUUGUAUUCUUUGGCUUCCCAAAGAGAGAGGAGUAAUGUCCCACACAGUUUCGGAGUUUCACAUGAGCUCUAGUCUCUGUUUAAAGUCAUAAUGAAGGAUGUAAAGGUUCUCAACAUUUUUUUUUUCGUGUACCAACCAAUUCAAUUAAACUGAUUGAAAGAGCAGUUCCAUUGCUUUGCUCUCUGCUGUUGUGCAUUCCUGAAGUUUACACCAAGGACAAAGUAGUGUGGUGAACAAAGCAGACACUUCCCAAAAAACACCCCGCUUUCAGCUCUGUAAGCAAAUCCACACCCAUACACUUAAGCUUAACGUUUCUGGACCUCCUAUCAUUCUGAGGGUCUAAAAAGCAGCAGUGUCCCACAGCAGUGCUGCAGAUGUCACAGCAGCAACACAGGAAGUGGUUUAAAUUCACACUUCUCUAUCUGGGAAACACGCACCGUUUUUGAAUGUAUAAAUAGCCAUUAAACUUGCAUACAGAAAAGAAUCUGCUUUUUGUCUUUUAUGGUAACACUCAAUAAUCAAUAGUCAUAGUAAAAAAAAAAAAUGUCAAUUGCUGUUUAUGGAGACUUAUGAAAAAGAGAUAUUGGGUUUACAAUACAGUUGUUCACAAUAAUAAGGUCUUUCUAUGUGAAUGCAUAUAAUGGACAAUAGCGAUGGCACAUACAGUGUGCUUAUCACAUUUUACUUGAUAUAUUGAGUCACGUGGAGCCAUAAUACUGCAUGGAAAAGUUAGCUUACAUGAAAUAGAAGUAUUUUACCAAGUUCAACAACUGUCCUGUUCUUUGCAUAUCCAAUUUGUAUAUUGUAUUCAUCAGGGAAAUUCCUUCAAUGUCCACUCAUUUUUAUUUUAUUUUUUUUACACAUAUUGCAAGUCCUCAUGCAGCUUUCUGUCCUGUUAUAACCCAGCAACCAAUAAAGUGUGCUCAAAACCCAA